UGUUAAAUUUCUAAAGAAUUGUUAAAGAACAACAACGGCCAAACUAUUCGGUGGUCAAAACCACCAUGACCUAGGCUGAUGGGCAAUCAAAAGCCGUAUUAGCCUAGGUAGUACUCCGUAAUUGACAAAUUAUCCCGUUCAAAAAUUGAGAGAGUAGUUAAAGACUGUUUUGUCAAAAAGAAAUUGAAUUUCACCUUUAAAACGACGUAGUACUGCCCCUUUCAAACUAAACUACAAACUCAAAAAUACGAAGCAUAUCUUGUUCCAAAAUUGAAGCACAAAGCUCAACACACUUCCAAGCUCAACAAUGGCAGCCAUAACCAUACCCACAACUCAUACUGUCCGAACCAUAAACCCGCGAACACGUCCAUGGCUGCUCACUCUCCGCCAUUUCUCCCCAACUCCAUUUUCUCUCUCCUCCGCCAUUUCCGCCGCUUCACUCUCUACUGCCGAAGAAGAAGAAAAUUCCGAGCAACACCCUUCAACCCCAUCAAACUCCCCUCCAAAACCCAGCAACAAAAACGCAUCGUUUUACCCCAAAAGAGGGCAAACCCUUGAGUUAGUUUGUGAGACAUUGGCGUUUAAAGCAAAAGGGGUUUGUAAAGUUCCUGAAACUGGGUUUGUUCUUAUGUGUGAUCGAGCUCUUCCUGGUGAACGCUUUCUGGGUCGGGUUACCCGUAAAAAGGGUAGUUAUGCUGAGGUGGCAAAGGUGAAGACAUUAUCUCCUCACCACGAUGCUGUGGAUGCUCCUUGUGAAUAUGCUUCAUAUUGUGGAGGCUGUAAGACACAGAGUCUGUCAUAUGAAGCCCAACUAAAAUAUAAAGAGCAACAAGUUUGGGAAUUAAUGCUACAUGUUGGGAAGUUUUCUGAUGCACAACCUGAUUUUCUCAGCAUCACAAAGCCCAUUAUUCCUUGUGCAAACCAGUUUUAUUACAGAAACAAGAUGGAGUUCUCAUUUAGCAAUCAAAGAUGGAUACCUCAAGAACUUUGGGAAGAAGAACAAGGUAGUGGGAAUGAUUAUGCUCUUGGACUUCAUGCCCCCGGCUUUUUUGACAAGAUACUCAAUAUCAACAAGUGCCUGUUACAAAGCAAGCCUGCCGAUGCAGUUCUCUUGGCAGUUCAAGAUUGCUGGAGAGAUCAGAGCUUAGGCCUCUCUCCUUAUAAUGUUCAUACCCAUGCUGGGUUUCUCAAGCAUCUAGUGAUUAGAACUGGCAGGGAUGUCCAAAGUGGUAAGCCUGAAAUUAUGGUCAAUUUUGUGACUUCUGCGUACAAGCCAGAGCUAUUAGAGCUUCUAGUUGAGAAAGUUUCGGCCAUCACUGAAGUGGCCAGCAUUGUGAACAACAUAAAUACCUCUGUGGGGAGCACUUCAGUUGGGGAGAAGGAGCAUGUGUUGUAUGGGAAAGCUACUAUUGCUGAAGUUUUGAGAGGGCUGACGUUUCAGAUUUCUGCCAACUCAUUCUUCCAGACAAAUACACAGCAGGCAGAGGUUCUUUAUGGACUGAUUGAGGAUGUUGCUGGUCUCAGAGGUGAUGGCUCCGAAAUUGUGCUGGAUCUGUUUUGCGGAACAGGCACCAUUGGUCUCACACUUGCCAGAAGGGUCAAACAUGUAUAUGGUUAUGAAGUAGUUCCUCAAGCCAUCGCAGAUGCUCGCCGAAAUGCUGACCUGAAUGGAAUCUGCAAUGCUACAUUUGUCCAAGGAGACCUUAAUAAAAUUGAUGAAAACUUUGGAAAGAAUUUUCCUAGACCUGAUGUAGUGAUAUCAGAUCCAAACCGUCCUGGAAUGCACAUGAAGCUGAUCAAGUUUCUGUUAAAGUUGAAAGCCCCUCGAAUAGUCUAUGUUUCCUGCAAUCCUGCCACAUGUGCUCGUGACCUUGAUUACCUGUGUCAUGGCUCGGUGGAGCAGAAAAUAAAAGGAUGCUACAAAUUAAGUAGCAUCCAACCUGUAGACAUGUUCCCUCACACCCCACAUAUCGAGUGUGUUUGCUUGCUGGAUCUCAAUGAAUAAUUGUUGAUACUAUUUGCAUCAAUCAGAUAAAAGGAGUUACAAUUUUUUUAAUUUUUUUUUGGACAAUUUCAGCAGGCAAGAGUAGUCUGCUGCAUACUAGUAGAAUACUAGAAUAUGUAUAUCAAUAAUUCAAGAUAAGACCUGUUUUUUAGAGCAAUUUCCAUGUAAAAUCAUUGAAAAUAACUUCAAUUCCUGAAUUAUGAUGCAUUUUACAAAAAUUUCUCCAUACAAUAAAUUGUCUAUGGGAUUACAAGUUUACUCACAACAUUAAUUUAGAUUCCAUCACCUUUUCUUUUCUCUUGU